UGAUGUUUUUGUCAUUUUGUGUUGGUUGGUUGGUUGUUCUUUGCUAAGUAUUUUGUUUACAAAAAUAAAUGCUGACUCACCGACUGACGCACAAUUAAUUUGAUUCAUAAUUGAUAAAUCUAAGCUCCUCAUGAAUCGGUCGUUUUGCUUAGCCGCUGUCUUACUAGCUGAGCAUCCACACAUACCCAUAAUGGUGGGGAGUAAUUUCCCAAUUCUCAAUCAUCAGAAGCUGAUGAAUUUUAAGGAAUUCAGGUUUAAAGAAUCUCCCGUGUAUGCCGAACUGCCGAUAGACGAAAAUCCAGUCUACAAUGAGCCUGUGGCUGUGAAAAAUGCAGUCUUUUCCAAGGUGCCCACCGAACCUUUAACAGGGAAGCUUCACUUAGUGUGUGCGUCGGAGGACUGUCUCACCAACAUCCUCGAUCUGGACCCGGCCUGCUCAGAGACGGAGGAGUUCAUCGACUUCAUUGCUGGAAGGUAUCUGCCUGAUGGAGGACUGACUGUCUGUCACAGAUAUGGAGGUCACCAGUUUGGCUUCUGGGCCGAUCAGCUCGGGGAUGGAAGAGCACACAUUCUUGGGGAGUACGUCAACCGGCAAGUAUUACAUGGUAGUUUUGUGAUUCUAAAGAAAUAAAUAAUAAUACAUUUU